CAACCUCUCCGUAGAUUCCCGUCGAAGAAGCAACGCGAGAAGUGCGAAAAAUCCCUCCUUUCUUCUUCGUUUUCGUCUAAUAUCUCUCGUCUUCGCAAACCCUGGGAGGCCUCCAUUAAUGGCGGCGACGAAGGUCUAUAUAGUGUACUAUUCCAUGUACGGUCAUGUCGAGAAGCUAGCCGAAGAAAUAAAGAAAGGUGCUUCAUCAGUUGAGGGUGUUGAAGCUAAGCUGUGGCAGGUUCCAGAGACACUCCCUGAAGAAGUGCUUGCGAAGAUGAAUGCGCCUCCAAAGAGCGAUGUACCAAUAAUUUCGCCAAAUGAGCUUGCUGAGGCUGACGGUAUUAUCUUUGGGUUCCCGACUAGGUUUGGAAUGAUGGCUGCGCAAUUCAAAGCAUUUCUAGAUGCGACUGGCGGGCUCUGGAGGACGCAACAGCUUGCAGGCAAGCCGGCAGGGAUCUUCUAUAGCACUGGAUCCCAAGGCGGUGGUCAAGAAACUACUCCUUUGACGGCAAUUACCCAACUGACCCACCAUGGAAUGAUCUUUGUGCCGGUGGGGUACACGUUCGGCGCUGGAAUGUUUGAGAUGGAACAACUGAAAGGUGGAAGCCCUUACGGAGCUGGUACAUAUGCUGGUGAUGGAUCAAGACUCCCUUCUGAGCUCGAACUGGCGCAAGCCUUUCAUCAGGGGAAAUACUUUGCUGGAAUUGCGAAGAAGCUCAAGGGUUCAUCCUGAUCCCCCUCCUACAUGGAUCUUGUUUUCAGUGCAAUGUAUGGUUUUCACAAGUUAUUUAUUUGUCUGCCAUUGUUACAGCCGAUGAGAUUUGGAAAACUGUACUGAUGUUAUGAUAAAAUUUUCAUGAAUAAAAUUGCCUAUGCUUGGCAUGAUCUUUUAUCUUUAUUGUCCUAAUAAUGUAUUUUGAAGCGUCGGAAAGAGUCUUGAUGGAAAGAUGAGGAGAUUUAAA